AUGGCCGCGUUGGGCGGAGGAUGGGCGGACGCCUUGCGCAAAGCAGCGCAGGUCAAGACGGAACAGUGGCCGCCUUUUGAAGCGGCGUCCCCAAAGACCGAGCGUAAAUGGCCGGGGACCGCUUUCCACCUCACCAGCCCUUCAGGCUGCGCCGCUUCCGCGGCUUCCGCAUCACCCGCGCAGCUUCCGCACGCGCUUGGGGCGAAAACCGCUCCUGCCAAGGGGCACGAUUUUCUGCCUUCUGCCAAGCACUCUCCGCCCGCUUCCCCGAAUACUCCCCCGAUUCCCCGCGGCGGCGCUCACGCCGGCGCGCUUCCCGCGCGCGGAAAGGCGGCGGCGCAGGGCGGAGGUUCCGCCAUGCCCGCGCCGUCGGCGCAGGAGAUGCGCGCACUUGAGGAGGCGAACGCGCUGCUGACUGCUCUCUUCGGGCCGGGAGCAGAUCUCGCUGCGGUUAACGAGAGUCGUCGGAAUCCGUCAGAGAAACGGUUUUCGUCGGCUGGCAGCGCUGAACCGUCGCCGCGACCGGCAAAACCCGGCGAGAAACCCGCGAAGCCGCAAAACGAGCAGCGCUGUCAGUCGAAGGUACCCGCGAGCCCGCGCCCGCCUCCCGCGCAAAGACGCUCCGCUGGCGGCGCGGCGAAAAAGAAUUCCGCGCUCGGCGCGCAGUCGCCGAGAGUAACGGCUGUUUCAAUUCGGCCGGCUGAUGCGCCGUUUUCUGCUGCGGAAUUGCCAGCGCCGUCAAUUUUCUACGCCGGUCUCCCUUCCAGCGGCGCCGGUAGCGCAAAAGGCGGAGAAUCUCCGGUUGUUGCGCUGUUCGAAGGGGAGGCGACGUUCCCCGCGAUCAUGGCAGAGCUCUGGGCGCUCCAAGGCGGGCGCAGGGCGGACGGCGCAAAGGCUGCGGGUGCAGGCGCGGAGAAGCGGGAGCGACGCCAAGGCGCGAAGAAGGGGGAGCGGGGGGAGGAAUCGGCGGCGCAAGGGGCAGGCUCAACGUUGGCGCGGGGUCGAGGACAGGCGGAAGCGUACGAACAGGCGGGCAGUCCCCAGGAACCUGAGCUUGCCCCUUCCCCCGAAUUGCGCGCUCUGAAGGGGAGCGGAGCGGACGUUUGCGCGUCGCGCGGUGCGAAGCUGACUUCAUCCUCAAACGAGGCGGUGACACUUGGCGUUGAACGCGCGCCGGCCGCCAAUGCCACGUCACCAGUUGAAGCGGAAGCAACGGCGCUGCUCGAUAUGGUCACAAAGCUUCUGUCCUCCGACCAGAAUGUGACUGUAAGCGGGGGUGACUGUACCGAGAUGAUUAAGGGGACUGUAGAGAAGUUUAAGCAGGAGCUUCUGACGAAGCUUCCUGGGCGAGAUGUGGGGGAGGUGGCGGGCCGGGGACAAGGGGAAGGGGGGCCCGGCGCGGGGGGGGAUGGGGGGAAACGCGGGGUCGCGAUUGCGCGGAUGGCGCCGGUAAAGCUGGAACAUGGGGAAGAGGAGGGCGUGCGAGAGGGAGAAGAGCAGCAACAGGCUUUCCAGCCGCCUUUCCAGCCGCCUUUCUUGUUCACAGGGACCACCCAGUCUCGAGAACCGAGUGCCACCCCAGGCUCGGCGGCAGGCUCGGCGGCUGCUUCGGCAAGCAACUUCACAUGGGCUGCUGGACCUGCCGCCGCACCGGACUCCUCGCCAGCUGAUGCCCAACGCGCUGCAGAUUUCGCUGAUGAUUUCCCACUGCCGGUUCAUGCGGACUCUUGUCUCAAUGCUGCAGCAGCAAUCACAGAGCUACCCCUCUUCCCAGCGUCAGCAGCGGCCCGAGAAGCAGCCGCCGUCAUCUCAAGCCUCGGAACAGAGGGUAUUUCUAGUGUUUGCACCUCACCGCGUGUACGAUCCGCUAACUCUUCGUUUAGCAUGUCUGGGCGGUCGAAUAAGAGAGGUCGGGAUGAAGGGAGUGUGAGCAUUGGGGAUUCAGAAGGCAGUUUGGGGGGUUUGCUGCUGGGUUUGGGGGAGUUGAGGGAGACGGGUGCUCCUGUGAGUAAGGCUGCAAGGCUGAUUCGGGAGCAGUGGGCUCGGAAGAGGGGACUGCCUCCUUUGUCCAUUCCCCCGCCGCUGGAUUUGCCAUCGCCUGAUCAUUCCCCUCCUGCGGACAUGAAACCGCAUGCCAAUAGCUCGUGGGUCGUGGGUCGUGGCUGUUUCUGGCAGGCGGAGCUGCGAGCGAGCAUCUUCGAGGUGAUAGACGACAAAGACAAGACGGCGAGCGGCGACGAGCAACGCGCCGUGAGAGGCGGCUGUAGCGAACAGGCGAAGAACCUGCACGACUCCAAAACGGGUCAUCUGCUGACGGCGCUGCUGUGCGAGUAUCUGGAGUGGGGGGAGAUGGACCAUACCCUCAAAGUGUACCUCUCGGAGUGUAACCUGCCGCCAGUGUACCCGCGCCGACCAAAGCUAGAGGACGAGCUCGGCCUGCCGUCGUCCAAUGCCAUCAUGACACCUGGCGGCGCUACGCGGCCGCUGCUGCACGAGCUGAUCGACGCCUACUUCACUCUCAAGGCGCAGGUCAAGUCAGGCGCCACAGGCACGUCAUCGUCGGGGGGUGGUCUGCUCUCUCGUGCCACUGCGCGCAGCUCCAGCCCCUCAGCAUUGCAUCUCUUCUCCCCCCUCAAAUCCUCCUUCCUCUCCGUCCCCUCCUUUCUCCCACCCCCUUUUUCUACCCUCCCCAGCCGAGAUCUCCCAGGAGCACCUCGCCCCUCACGCGUGGCUUCAGCAGUGCGUUCGGCCGCAGCAGCAGCGGCGGGGGCGAGCGCGAGCGGUCGUCCUCAGGCAGCCGGCGCAGCAGCAGCGGUGGCAGGGCAGUGCCUGAGCCGGCAUCGAGAGGCGAGAGUGACACCGAGAGGGGCGGCGGCGGGGGCGCGUUCUCGAAGCUGCCGAUCUCAUUGCUACAAGUCGCUUCCCGUUUUUUGCUGCGCGCCUCCGCUUGCGCGGAACGCAGUUUCCGCAAGUGGCAGCGGCGACGAGGAGAACCCGGGAGAGUUCACCGCGGUUUACCCUUCCGACUUGCACAUCGCCAAUCCUAAAGUAGCCAGCACUGCAGACGAAACAGAGAAGCUUCGCAAGGACGAGAAGGAUCGCCAGAGGCGUCGUCAACGGACCUGCUGCUGCCGCAUCACAUGCUGGUCGCUUAUCGUCCUCACCGUCGUUAUCGUCGGAUUAGGCGUCGCAGGGCUCGUCGCAUACCUGACAGUCUCAAAGCAACAGCCGGAGGUGAAGGUCAAGCAAAUCAACAUCCUCCGCGUCGGCAUCACAAAAUCCGGCGGCGGGUUCCUGGGCCUCGAAAACUUCCGCCUGGGCCUAUCCGCGUUAAUAAACGUCACCGCGCUCGUGUAUAACCCCAACAACUGGGACGUGGAAGCGGAAAACAUCAGCGUGGACGUAAAAUUCUUCGACAUGAAUGUUACAAAUGUGACCAUUCCUGGCGUCGUGGGCAUGAGCAAGGGUGGGAGCGCGGAGUUGACUGUCCCCAUCGAUAUUGUCGAUGCGCCCCUGGCGACGCUGAGUCCCGCGAGCCUGCUGACGACGCCGCUGCUGCAUGGGCGCGCGGAAAUGCGGGUGGUGGUUGGCACUGCAGCGCGCGUGAAAUACUGGGGCAUCUCGUCGCCACGCGUUAUGGUGCAUGUGGAAUGCACGAUGCAGCUGGACCCGUUUUCCGCUAAGAAGUACAACGAGCAGUGUACUCCCAGCAUCUCUCUGUGA